AUGCCGGACCAAGAUCGAGAGCUACAUCCAAAUGCUGUCAUACACAUACAUGGUUAUGGCAAUUACUUCAUCCAAGUUGAGACGUGGAUUUUUGAAGAACAACAACGCAAGAUGCAUUGCAACAACUGUGCACGAAAGACGCUGAGUCUGUUCAUCCGGUCUUUCACAAAACCAGAGCCAGGGGUUGGAUUGCAACAGCAUACUCUUCGAUCUUCGCAGCCAUUGCGAUUCUUCUCAGACCACGGCCGAAAUAGACCACCACUUUCCUCAUCCCGUCCCGAUGAUGCUUUUUCCCGGACCCAGAGCCCAAGGGCCUUCGCUCCCGCAAGAAAUGACCGGCUGCUGAAAAAGCCAGCCAAAGACUCAUUUCCCGACAAUAUCGACACUAUCGCCGAAGACCCCCUCUCCCCACAAUCCUUCGAACCCCGCAAACCAGACUGGCGCGCCCAAAAAGCUGCCUUGAAAGCCAAACUCAAUGGCGAAGCCUGGAACCCCCGCAAAAAACUAUCCCCAGAUACCAUGGAAGGCAUUCGCCACCUCAACGCCACACAACCCUCAAGAUUUACAACGCCCGUCCUCGCCGAGCACUUCAAAGUCUCCUCAGAGGCCAUCCGUCGCAUACUCAAAGGGAAAUGGCGACCGAAUGACGAGGAGUACGAGGAUAGGAUGCGAAGAUGGGAUAAGAGAGGAGAGCGGAUUUGGAGUAACUUGGUGGAGAUGGGGGUCAAGCCACCGAAGAAGUGGAGAGAAAUGGGUAUUGGGAGAGCGACUGAAGGAGAGAGGCCGUUGUGGAAGGGGAGGAGACAUAUAGGCGCAAAUGUGGGGCCUCAUGCGAGUGGAGAGAGGUGGGCGGAUAUCGCAAAAGAACAUGACGUGGAGAGUUUGAUUCCGAUCGUGGAUGGGAAGGGGAGAAAGGUGAAGGGAGUUGUCCUGCCGCUCUCCGCGAGGAUCUAA